UAGAACUGAUUUGCCGAAAAGAAAAAACUGCAUACAAUUAAUGAAGAUAACAUAUACGAAUAAUAAUUAGGCUCAGGCGGCAAAAGCAACACUGCAUUUACAUUUUGUAUAAUGUAUAUGAAGAUGAAAUUAUUGUUAUAUUUUAUGCAAAAUUUUCUAUCCUGUAUCAUGCUGCUUCAAUGUAAGUUUUAUCAUGUACAAAGUGAACACAGGAUACGACUCCACAGCAAUGUGGCGAAAUUCUCACAAUUCCAAUCAUCCAUUGACAUAUCCCCGGAUUAUCUUAAAUGGUCAGAAAUUCAGCGUGCAAAACUAGAAUCAGUCACAAAUAAUCCAACAUCCAACAAAACUCCGAACAUCGUAAAGCCUUUAAUAAAUCCAACAGAACAAUCUUCAGAAAUUUACAGUGAUUCUAUACGUAGUACAAAUAGACGAACAUCAAAGCAAGCACCUGCUGCAAGUCGAGGUACAAUCGAUUUUGAUAUCAUGAAACUGAACUCUAGUUCCCUGGAAGAAAAAUCUGAUAAUGGUAACAUUACUGUAUCCACUGUUGUCUACUCAGGAACAACAUCAGUGAUAUUAGCAUUACUAACAGCAAUAGUUAGUUUUAUUACAAUUGUUGGAAAUAUACUAGUUCUUAUUUCGUUUUUUGUCGAGAGAGCAUUAAGAACAGCAUCAAAUUAUUUUAUAGCUUCAUUAGCAGUUACAGAUGUAUUAAUUGGAUUUUUCUCAAUGAAUUUUUAUACUUUAUACCUUCUUCUUGGACGAUGGCCAUUAGGACGACUUUCAUGUGAUUUGUGGCUGAGUUUAGAUUAUACAGCUUGUUUAACUUCUCAAUACACAGUACUAAUCAUUACUAUUGACAGAUUUUGUUCAGUACGUAUACCUGCAAAGUACCGAAACUGGAGAACUGAAAGAAAGAUACUCAUCCUAGUUGCUGUUACAUGGAUUAUACCAUCGUCUGUAUUUUUUACAACAAUAAUGGGUUGGCCUUAUUUUCAUACUCAUGGUAAUUCUAGACCAGAUGAUGAAUGUUAUGCAGAAUUUGCCACAGACCCUAUAUUCAACACAGUUUUCACAGUGUGCUAUUUUUGGGUUACUUUGUGCGUAAUGUUAGUAUUAUACGUUGGUAUAUAUCGUGUAGCUGCUGAUUUACAAAAACGUAGUGAUGAAAAACGAAAUCGUGUUUCCGGUCUUAUUACUAACAAUAAACAAAAUAAUAAUAAAAAUGUCACACAUGUGCAAAUGAAUAACCAACGAAAUUUAUCCCACAAUACAAAUCAAAAAGUCACAACUACUAAUAGUACUUAUCCGUAUAAUAGUAGUAUUGUGGGCUUAGGCGAUUCAUCCGGUUUCGAUUCAGAUGAAGGUAAAUCAGAUCCUGUAAAACAAAAUGCUUCAUCUAAAACAGGCAAACUUACAGAUAAACAGAAUAGGCAUAAUCCGAAAACUUCAACUGAACCACAAAUUGAGAAAGCAUUUGUUGCAUUGCCAAAGAUUGAAGCUCGAUCCGACAUUACACCUAAUUUGUUGGAAUCGAUUGGUAGUAUUCCAAUGAAACCAAGAGUAGGUGAUUUAUAUAAAACUAAUUCUGAUCAGCUGAAUGAAGUACCAGAAUCUGAACUUGGUUUUAUUUGUCCAACAUCUGUUAUGACAAAUAAAAAUCGUGGUCUUAUCAUCAAUUCCCCAGUUUUGACAGAUGAUGAUAGUGGACUUGAAGUGAAUGACUGUCAGUCAGUUUUACCAAAAAAAGUACAAGAAUUACCUAUACCAUUAUCCUAUGAUUGUUUAAAUAAAGAAGAAUCGAGUUCCGUGUCAGAAAAAGAGAAUCAAUCAUCUAUCUAUAAGACAGAAUUUGAAAAAGAAAGAAAACAUGAAGUGACAGUCGAUCCAGAUUAUCAGAAUCGUGUUAUGGAACAAUUUAAACAAAGAUUGGCAGCUUUAGGUAAUCAGAAAACACCAUCUCGAGUUACAGACUACACAAAAGCAACUAAUCCACCGUCCAAUCAAAAUUUGUCAAAAUCUAAACAAGCUAACAAUCAUUCACGAUUAACAUUGAAUACUUCCAAUUUCUCUGAGUCAACAUCAUCUAAAGGUACUGAGAAUACUACAAACAACACUCAUAAUAAUGAUAUUCAUCAGUCUACAGUUUAUUCAGGAAAUUCAAAAUCACAGCUCUAUCGAAACAAUAUGGAUUGUUGUAAUUCUACAGAGUUAGAUAGUAAUUUACAAACUCGUCUGUAUACAAACAAUUCAUCUCCGAUUUGGAAAUCUCGCCCUUUAUGCUGUGAUGGUAUAGUCAGUGCACCAUGUUCCAUUCGAAGUUAUCAGUGUUUCAAUCGACGAGUUGAUGAAUGUAUGAGUCAACAAGUUUGUGUCAUAUGUAUGCGUCAACAGCAACAACAACAACAACAACAAGAUUCUGAUACAUUACAAUCAAGUUCCAGUUUCGGUGAUCUCACUGGUCCAGCUCUAUGUGAUGAAAAAUGUCUCUGUCAUUCUUUUGCUUUCGAUCAUCAAAAACCCUCGACAAAUAUUUCUUUCAAAACACGUCUUUUAUUUUAUUUACAAUCAAUUAAAGUAAAAUUACAUAAAGACAAUAUUGUAGAACAUGUGAAGAAAACAUUUAUUCGUCGUAAAUCAAAACAUAAAACUAUUGAACGUGGUCGACGUGAGAAUCGUGCACGUAAAGCGCUACGAACAAUCACAUUUAUUAUGGGUGCUUUUGUAAUAUGCUGGACACCGUAUCAUAUAGUCAUCAUGAUCAAGGGUAUAUGUGAUGAUAUUCAAAAAAAAUAUACCUGUGUUAAUGAUAUAUUCUAUAGUGUAACUUAUUGGUUAUGUUAUAUGAAUUCCCCUAUAAAUCCAUUUUGUUAUGCAUUAGCUAAUGCGCAGUUUAAAAAAACAUUUCUACGUAUAUUUCGUGGUGAUUUUAGAAGAUUAUAACUAAAUACAUGAAACAACCCAACAAAAUCUAGUGGAAUAAUUUUGCAUUUCACAAGUAUUCGUCCUGAGAAUGCCUUUAUUAUUAUUUUUGUUUUUCUGUGACAAAUAAAUCCAUUAAUCUAUUUUAAACAUAAUCAUCAUCUAUAUAUGAUUAUUAUUAUUAUUACUAUUAUGAGCUGAUCAACUAACUAUAACACAGUUGAAAUUUGUAUUUUAAUUAUCUUAUUUUCUAGAAAACUAUUUGAAAAAAAAACACUCGAUUAAUGGUCCGUAGUAAACACAAUGCUUGUUUUUUCUAUCAUAAAUCUUCUUCUUGUUUUCAGUGAUGAAUUCAAAUAACUGCGAAAGAAAAUAUAAAAUUGAAAUUUGAAAAAAAUAUUUAAAAAAACACUGCAUCAUUCACAAAACAAUCGUUUUGUUCACCAAAAAAUCCCAGUGCUGUAGUGUGUUCUCGCGAAAAUCUUGGGCAUGUAUGCGUGCUCGUGUGUGUGUUUAUGUGUGUGUGUAAAGUGAAUUAUGUUUUCUAUUGAAAUAAACCAUUGUCACCAGACACAUAGCUAUUUUAAACAAAUGAUACGAUAGAAAUAAUUUUUUUUUUCAAAAAAUGUACAAAUUAUUCAAUUGUUUGUUUCUCUGAAAAAAUAGAAAAUUCUGAUUCAUUGUUUCUU